AUGGUGAAAUCAUCAAUCUCAUCCUCAUAUUCAUCUACACCGUCAUCAUCUUCCUCGUCAGCAUAUAAAGUAGGACCUUCAAAACCAUCCUCCUCAACCUCAUCUUCAAGCGCCCACCCUCCCUCCUACAAAAUUCUCUCCACCCUAAUCUUCCCAAACACCCCUCAAAAACAUCACACAGUUGGCCGGGGCACACCUGGCAACGGCAUCACUCCCUGGAUGAACAGUGGUGAUCUACGAAUUCUAGGGGGACGAAGAGGAAAAUUGGAUCAAGUGGAUCCGGAGAGUUUGACAAGUUUUUGUUGA